UUGUACCCGCUUGUACUCAGCUUCAAAGGGUUUUAUCUGAGUUAUUAUGUUGACAUUUUCCUCGUGACUCGAAUCCCUCACCUCGCGAGCGUUAUCACAACGAAUGCCUCCUCCGAGGAAUGAUUGUUCUUCUCAAUCAUUUGUCAGAGGAUUAGUCGGGAUUUGCAUGUCAAUGGGUGAAUGACUGGCGGAAGCCUUUGACAGCCAACAAAAUUUUGCAUCCAGGUCACAUGCCGAUGACGUGAAAAAUUGCACGGUGGGCAUGUGGAGGUGGGACCCCUGGAGACGUCUCGUAUUGAUUGUUACAUCCCACGCUGACCUUUGACAUUUCUUAAUAAACCUCAGGAGGAUGGAAUACUCGGGGAGGACCAACCGAGGACUCAUCUCUCUGCUUUCUCGGAGGACUGUGGGAUGCUGGAGUCUCAAGGACGUGUUCUCCUUGCGAGGCGCAAUUUCGACGGUUUUGUACUGGCACAGGGGGGGAAAACGGGCACCUGGAGGUUUGAGAACGCGGAAUGCUACCCCCUGGUUGUACUCGGUUCGUGACUGGUCCCUGUCUCGCUCCCCUUCUUCGCUUUUUGUCGGACGAACAAUAGAGAACCCAAACCCGGCUCAAUCGUCAAAUGUUUCAGAUAAAGAAAUGAAAAAACUUCUUCAUUGAUUAUUUAGUUAAAAGACGAGAGUGCAUCAACGUCGAUGGGAGGAGAAACCGGUAGAACAUACAUUAGAGGAGAGAACAAAAAAUCAAGUUCAAUUUCCACGACGCACAUCGAAAGAAAAUGGUCUAUCACAUUUCCAGACGAAAAAGUGGUUCUACGCGCGUCAGUUGAUGAUUCGCUCCAAAGGCGAAGAUUAGAUCUCUCUACGGAAAAGAAAAUCUGUUCGAAGUGAGAAUGUUGUUGUAAAAAUAUUGACCUGAGCCGCUGUAAAUAACGCGGACACGAAAGUUCGAAAUAAUGCGAUAUCAAAAAUUACAAAAGUCGAAAUGCACUUCGACUCGUGAUUUUUGGGAGCUAUUUUCAACUGCCUCUCUUGUCUGUCGUCUGCAACGUGGGGAAUUUCAAACUGAACGAUUUUUUGAUCGCCGAAGAAGGCAAAUAUCGUAAUAAUCGGCCCGAACAAAUUAAAUAUUCAUGAGCCUGAAGGUCAUUUAUCGGAGGCUCGUCUGUCCAACCAGUUGUCAAAAGAAUUCAAGGCGAAGUGUACGAUAAACCACAAGCAGACUCCAAUAAAACUCAAAAUAAUCCCUCUAAAUUGUCAAAAUUACUUAAAUUUUAAUGCACUCUAAUGAACCUUUUUAUUUCCAUAUUAAUUUAAUACAUUAUACAGUACCUUCAAUUACCAAUAAAUAACAUCAAUCCUAUCAAUUACAAUAAAUAUUGUCACAAGCCACAAAUUAUCUCCGUCUCGAAUAAUUGUUUUACGAUCGGGUAAAUUUUUUCAACUUCAAAAAUCUUAAAAUCCACUGAACAAUAACUCUCCAACCGUAGAAUCUUCAAGUGUCAAAAACAAGAACAGGUGCUGUGAUAAUGACUUCCUGUGCAUUUUUACGACUAAUUUCUCAGGAAUCCCAGGUAAACCGUGCAACUGAAGAGAAAUAU